UAAUUUUGUGUCAGUGUGAGAGUGGUCCUAGUAGGUCCUAUAAAGUUAGUUUUCAUUUCAUUUUAAACACUAAUGCAACAUUGCCCAUAAAUCAUAAAAGUGUUAUGAUUUAAAUAAAAGUUAAUUUGAUUUAAACAUUAAUAAGUUUUAAAUCAGCAAUUAGCGUUCGUUAGACCAAUUUUAAUUUUGGAAUGUUAAUUUCGAAUAAAAUAAUAAAACUACAGUUAAUUUCGAUAAUUAUUACGUGAAUUACUUAUUGUAAAAGUUCUUAAUUCGCUUUGUGAUUGUUUGAUGCUAAAUUUGUAAAUUCAUGAUCAGAGUUCAAGGUUAUUACCUACUUACAUCAUUUGGAGCGUGUUCUUAUCGUUCAAAUAAUUUAUUAUUACAUCAUUGCUACGUACGACGUACCACUUGGCAAAGUUGUUGUUUCUCUUGAUUCAUUUAGUCAUUCUGUGGCAGACAUCCAGUGCACACGAACAUGUCUACAGCCGGUAAAGUAAUCAAGUGUCAAGCGGCCGUGGCAUGGGAGGCCGGCAAGCCUCUAUCCAUUGAGGAGAUAGAAGUAGAUCCGCCUAAAGCCGGUGAAGUUCGUGUCAAGAUCACCGCCACUGGAGUUUGCCAUACCGACGCAUAUACGCUUUCCGGCAAGGACCCCGAGGGCGUUUUCCCUGUCGUGCUGGGCCAUGAAGGCGGUGGUAUCGUCGAGAGUGUCGGCGAAGGUGUUACCUCCGUGAAGCCCGGAGAUCACGUCGUGCCCCUGUACGUACCACAAUGCAAAACCUGUAAGUUCUGCUUGAACCCUAAGACUAACCUAUGCCAGAAGGUGCGCGUGACACAGGGCCAGGGUGUCAUGCCCGACGGCACCCGUCGCUUCCGCUGCAAAGGACAAGAACUGUAUCACUUCAUGGGAUGCUCCACAUUCAGUGAAUACACUGUUGUUCUAGAAAUUUCUCUGUGCAAAGUCAAUGAGGCAGCAGCUUUAGACAAAGUAUGCUUGCUGGGCUGCGGAGUCCCCACUGGUUAUGGAGCUGCCCUGAACACAGCUAAAGUAGAAGCUGGAUCAAACUGUGCCAUCUUUGGUCUGGGAGCUGUGGGUCUGGCUGUAGCCCUAGGAUGUAAGGCUGCAGGCGCCAAGCGCAUCAUUGGAGUGGACAUUAACCCUGACAAGUUUGAAGUUGCUAAAAAGUUUGGAGUGAAUGAAUUUGUGAAUCCCAAAGAUCAUGACAAACCCAUCCAACAGGUCCUGGUUGACUUAACUGAUGGAGGUCUAGAUUAUACUUUUGAAUGCAUUGGCAAUGUGAACACUAUGCGUGCUGCCUUGGAAGCAUGUCACAAGGGUUGGGGAGUCUCUGUCAUCAUUGGUGUGGCAGCAGCCGGAGAAGAGAUUAGCACUCGACCAUUCCAGCUGGUUACUGGACGCACCUGGAAAGGAACGGCUUUCGGUGGUUACAAGAGCCGUGACAAUGUACCAAAACUUGUCGAUGAAUAUUUGGCAAACAAACUUCCUCUUGAUGCAUUUGUAACUCACAAUGUGCCUCUUAAAGAAAUCAAUGAGGCAUUCCACUUGAUGCAUGAAGGAAAAUCAAUCCGAGCUGUUGUACAAAUGUAAUUUAAAACAUGAAUACUGGAUAUUUUUAUAAGCAUUUUUAUUCCUAAUGGUCAUUGUUAUACUGCAUUUUAUGAGUGAUAAAAUGAUUACAUGUGAGACAUGUUAUCUUUGUAAUAUUAAACUGUUACUAUUCUAAA